GUGUCUCCAGCCACUUUUCUCAUCCCUCGCGGUGAAGAUGGCACUCCUCCUCUGUCUCGCCGCAUGGUGCCUUGCUCUCGGGGCAGCGGCGCCUCACAACUCCCAGCCGCCGCAGCCACUUCGGCCUUGGUCGCUGGACAGCCCCUCCGAGGACCCUCUCGUCCCCUCCUUCGCCCAAGGUGACCGCGUCGAACCCCUCGUCAGGGAGCGGCGACAGACGGCGGGCCUGAAUGCCGAGAGUCUCGCCCUCAAACACGACAAUCCCGUUGGUGAGCUGUUCCACGGCACUCACGUAAACGUGAACGAAGGAACUAAUUCUUUACACUACGGCGGCGGGGUCGGCGCUGUCCUCGGCAAGUCUCCCGACGGGCGACACUCCUUGGGCGCCGCGACGUACGGCCAGCAGUCGGUCUUCGGCGGAGACACUUUGUCGUUCUCUCAUCCCAACCUCGGCGUUGGCGUCGGCUACAGGUACAACGGCGACAAAACUUCGGUCGCUCUCGGCGCCCAUGCUCAGUCGUUCGGAGGAGGCGUUACUGAAAAAGGAGCAUCUCUGAACCUGGAACACCGACUCAAUGACCGACACUCACUGUUCGGCGGCAUCUCUCGCAGCAACACUAACACUCCCGGAUUGUUCUCACGCACGGACACAGACGCCAACUUGGGUUACCGCUACAACAUCAACGACAGAUCUUCCCUCACCGUCUCCGGACACCACAGGAAUUCUGAUUUCGGGCCCUUCGGAAGCCAUUCUGACCAGACUUUCAGGUUGGGCGGCGCAUUUUCCUUUUGAGUUCUCGCCUCAAGAUCGAGGAGAAAUUACUUAGUUUUGUUUUAAUGUAUUGGUGCAUUUUGGUCCUUUUGAAUCAAUAAAGAUGGUAAACAAAUGCGUAAU